CGACAUCAAAACUCAAAGCUCCAUCAGGCCGUCCCCUUUUUUGGUGCCCGUCUCUGGUUGAAAGGUCUACUUUAUUCAAGAUUGGAGCGGGUGCGCGUGCGUGUGUGUAUGUACGGUCACGUACGGCUUUCGUGCAUAAUAUUUGCAUAUACGUAAAAGUGAUGGUGUGUGUAUGUGGGUGAUGAUGGGUGAGGUUAAUUUUGAGUGGGUGGUGCGGACACACGGAUGAUCGUUUUACAAGUUACAUAAUCGAGCGAUAUCAGUUUCCAUGCAGCGAUGCACGCUAGCCUGACAAUUCCACAUCAACUCUAGAUCUCUCCAGACAUGUCUUCACAUUUACAAAGGUUCUUCUCGUUGCAAAUGUUUUCGUAGUACCAAAUAGUUACGUCCAUUCAUCACCACUUUUUGAUAAAAGCAUCAACAUAUCGCGCUGUGGAUGGAAAAGAAAUUUACUAAAAGCACCAAUAUAGUUCAUUGAUUCAGCGAAACAUCACAAGAGAAAUUGAGUAUCAUGAAGAAAUUAUUCAAAAAAAGUGCGGCACGAAUAAUGCUUCGCCUCAUCUUGCUCUCUCUGGUCAUGGUAGCUAAUUCAUCCGAACAUACAACGUCCGAAACCCCAUUGAUCCAUCAAACUGAUUCAGAGGGUCUAUCUGAGACACCGCAAACUUUGGAAAGGAGUUCUAUCAAUAUCCCCACAACGCUCCUGCCUACACCAUCCGCAGUCACCACCGAAACGAAUACCGAGGCUUCCUCCCAACCAUCACAAACGAGUGAUGUGAUGCAUACAAGCCCAUCCAGUUCCGAUGGUUCUGAUCAGUUACAAACCAUUCAAGAAUCCGUAAGCGAGUUUACCAAUGUCACUAUUGUCCAACCAUCGACAGAAUCGGUCGCCCGGCUUGAUACAACCAUAUGGGUGUGGCGAUUCUCGUGGACAUGGGUGACUAUCCUUCAGUUAAUCAUUUCAUUGAUCGGUAUUCUAGGAAACCUCCUGGUUGUCGUUGUAAUGAGAGUUCGUAGGUCCACUACUAAUUCUACAGACAUUUUUGUAGGAGCUCUAGCCAUUUCUGACUUGUUGACAUCAUUAUUCAAUGUUCCUAUUCCAAGGGCACUCCAAGUGCCUGAUAACAUUUUGGGAGGGUUUUAUUGCCGACUGGUAAGGACUAGUUGCCUGAUAUGGAUCUGUGUCGUUUCUUCGAGCUAUAUCCUGGUAGGUGCCUCUUUUGAGCGUUUAGCAGCAGUUGUCUAUCCUCUGCGCAUCAAGGACAUCUUCACAAACCGCAGGGUUUAUAUCUUUAUCAUAGUAGCAUGGUUGUUUUCAUUUGUAUCAUGUUCCUACUACUUACUGUCAUUCGUAUUUCAAGGUGAUCUUUUGUCCCGAAUCUAUUGUCUACCAACCGAUUCCGAUACUUUUUUAUUAAGAAUAAUUAAUUCGUUCAAUUUCGCCAUACGUCUGAUGGUUCCUACUGUUCUCAUGAUGGUUUCCCAGACAGCAAUUGCCAUCUUACUGCAUCUACAAUCUAUUCGAAUGCGGCAAGCCAUGUCUGGCGGUUCCAAGCAGUCCUAUCAUAUCCUGGCCAGGAAUCGUGUCAUUAAAAUCAUGUUGGUAGUGAUCAUCAUCUAUAUUCUAUGCUGGUCUCCAAGUCAGAUCGCGUUUGUUGUCGUCUCUUUCAGAGGAACGGCUAAAGCCUAUGUGAGCAGCAGCGUCCGCCAGAUUCUUAACUUGAUAACCUUUAUUAACUCGUCCAUCAAUCCUUUGAUCUACGCAGCUCACUAUCCCAAAUUUCGUUCUGCUAUAAAAGAAAUCUGUUUGGGUAAAACACAGAAAAACGUACCGUUGUUUGGUAUGGAGACCAUCCGAACCCCCAAUCACGAGUUAAGCACAGAUGGUCAUGCCUAAUUGGUUAUGGGUUGAAAUAUAUGUCUUUUGUGAAAAAGUACUAAAAUUGUUCGUCUCAAAAUGUAAAGGUAGUGUAUCCCUUUUGCAGCCAACAUCGAAUUUUGUAGAACUUUGUAGGAAUUAUGAAUAUGUCACGUGUAAACGUUCGCAGUGUCGCAAUGACAUAUUGACAUUACAUGAUUAUAAAUUACAUGAUACAUGUACUUAUAAGGAAAAA